AUGCCACGGACUAAAGUGAACCAAACUACGAAACGUAAUCGUGCAUCGGAACAUCGGGAAGAAAAGUUACGCGAAUUCAAAAGUGCUUUUAACGGCUAUCUUGCUACUAUGGAAAGUGAAGUGGAAACCUUCAUUCAAGAAUGGGAUGAGGAGCUGCGUUUGUUGCGACAACGAACAAGCACCAAUCUUUUGAAAAUGAGAAUGGACCAAUUUUUGACAAUGAACUCUAGCAUUUUGGAGCACAGUUCUGUCAGCGAAUCAUUCAACUAUAAUUUAAAGUAUAGUAAUAAAUUCACUGAAAAUAAGGAUGAGGGGUAUCUUACAGAGGAUACUUCUAAGCUAAAUAGCUUUGGUAGUAUAGUCUCGGUAAAAUCGGGCACGAAUUUUAUAAAUAACUCACGUUUGAGUCGUGCGCAACAACAACUGCCAAAAGAUCCUUGUCGUACACCCGGACCAUUAAAUUCAGCUCUCGCCAGAGGACCGAGACGAAGCCGUUCAGCUUGUGGUAAAUACUCGUCUUUAGUUGCUAGGGAGCAUCAAGCAAGGAAUAAAAUAUUAACUGUUAAUCGAACGAGACCUCAUAGUGUUGAACGUAAACAAUAUUUCGACGGACGGCCAGAAACGCCACCAGUUGCCUUUAUGCGCUGGCCAAAGCCAGGAGAAAUGGUUCUGUCGAAAUAUGGCAGCCCGGUAAUAGCUCAGGUAUUGCCCGAUAGAUUUGCAAAUGUCAAUAUACCUUUGCGCGAUGGCGUGAUGUCGUUGCGUCCGAAAAAAGUUGAUUCAUUCCAAGCAGAUAUUUUGGAAGAUAUGGACCCACGAACUUUGAGCGAAUUACGUAUAUUACGUGGCAAUCUCGACAAAAUAGUCAAUAUGGCUGACAAAAUCAACAAAUAG